GUUGACAGUUUGUGGAAAAUCGUCACGGUGCGCGCAUCAACGAAAAUUGGUCGCGGAAAACCAAAUAACCCAACGGGCAUUAAAUUUGUCUCGGCUCUUCAGCAGAGCCACGCACGUCUAGGUGUUAAUUCCAAUUGGAAUAUGCGCGUCUGAAACUUCCGCGAGGCGAAGUGCCAAAAACGCACUGUGAAAUAUUGCAAAAGCAAAAUGCGCGCCAUAUUUUAAGAUUCAAAAAUUGUGCGAAAUUCGGCGAGUGUUUAGCCAGUGUCAAUCGAAGCGAAGUAAACAAUAAACAAGCAAUUAUUACUCAAACAAUUAAAGUGUGAUUACCAAGCCAAUGCCAGCCAUGGAGCAGAACUUUAAAGGCCUCUUCACAAUCGGAUUAUUUCUGGCGCUGCUCAGCGGCGGCCAAACGCAUUUGAAUAUAUUUCUGAAUCUACACGAGGUGCUACGACUAAUCGGCGUUUCCGCGGAGCUCUACUAUGUGCGGGAGGGAGCCAUCAAUGACUAUGCCCUGAAUUUUGCGGUGCCGGUGCCGGCGAACAUCAGCGAUGUUACCUUCACGUGGCAGUCGCUCGUUGAGCAUCCUCUACCCUACAGCAUCAAUGUGGCCACAUCGGAUGUGGGUGUGCUGCCACGCCCACUGCUGAACAUCUCGCGCAUCGGUAAUGUGCCGCAGGAGCCGCAGACGUGGGGCGUCAGUCUCAAGUGUUCGGGCACACGGGCCGCCGAGGUAACCGUUACCAUCAGCGUGGAGGUUAUACUGGACCGGGCGACCAACAACAAUACGAAUCUCAUCUUUAAACGGAAGAAAAUUUGCUUGAAAGACGAGCCGAACGAUGCACGCGAGGAAUACGAUGACGAGGAGCCGCUGCAUCCGGAUCUGAGCGGGCACGAUGACAUCCACUACACGGAACACAACGAGGACACUGCAGAGCACAUCAUAUCCGACGGCCACUUGCCAACCAAUGUGGAGCAUGGCAAGCCGACGGAGCGACACCGUGUGCUGGUGACAGAACCAACGGUGGUUGUGGGACGCGGUGCCGGGUCAGCGGGAGCGGGUGCGAACAACGAAUACGAUCCACUGUUGCGGGAGACUUUAGUGCCACCCACUAGCGGACUCAUCACCUUGAUAGUGGGCGGCAUUUUGGCCCUGGUGCUCGUCUCUACACUCAUUCUGAUUGCCUACUGCGCGAAGGGUCCAUCGAAACGUCAUCCCUCAAACGGUGUCCAUCUGAUCAAGACCUCCAGCUUCCAGCGCCUGCCCACUAUCUCGUCCACUGCUCACAACUCGAUCUAUGUCUGCCCUUCGACCAUAACACCCACAUACGCGACACUGACGCGGCCCUUUCGCGAAUAUGAGCAUGAGCCUGAGGAGUUCAACCGCCGUCUCCAAGAGUUGACAGUCCAAAAAUGCCGCGUGCGCCUCUCCUGCCUCGUCCAAGAGGGCAACUUUGGGCGUAUCUAUCGCGGCACUUACAACGACUGUCAGGAGGUUCUGGUCAAGACUGUGGCGCAGCAUGCAAGCCAGCUCCAAGUAAAUCUACUGCUCCAGGAGUCCAUGAUGCUCUACGAGGCAACUCAUCCCAACGUAAUGGCCGUGCUUGGCAUUUCCAUCGAAGACUAUGCCACACCCUUUGUGCUGUAUGCCGCCACGGGCAGCGUUCGUAAUUUGAAGACCUUCCUGCAGGAUCCGUCGUAUGCCCGAAGCGUGACCACCAUACAGACGGUGCUAAUGGCUUCCCAGCUGGCCAUGGCCAUGGAGCAUUUACACAACCACGGCGUUAUUCACAAGGACAUUGCGGCCCGGAACUGUGUCAUUGACGAUCAGUUGCGCGUCAAGUUAACUGACAGCGCUCUCAGCCGUGACCUCUUCGCUGGCGACUACAAUUGCCUGGGCGACGGGGAGUACCGACCCAUCAAGUGGUUGUCGCUCGAGGCAUUGCAGAAGUCGCACUACAACGAGGGCAGCGACGUCUGGUCCUUUGGUGUGCUCAUGUGGGAGAUGUGCACGUUGGGCAAGCUGCCCUAUGCCGAGAUCGAUCCCUAUGAAAUGGAGCAUUAUCUAAAGGACGGCUACAGGCUGGCACAGCCCUUCAACUGUCCCGACGAACUCUUCACUAUUAUGGCCUACUGCUGGGCCUCCAUGCCCGCCGAGCGUCCCUCGUUCAGCCAGCUUCAGAUUUGCCUAUCGGAGUUCCAUACUCAGAUAACCAGAUAUGUUUAACCUGCGGUAAUGAAGCAUACAAAGACUUGUAAAUACAACAAGAGGCGACGUCGCAAGAUUUCACAGCAAACGACGUCCGCAACUCUGUUUCCAAAGACAUAUUUAAAUUAUAGCGCUUAAGGGGCGCCUAAGUAAACGCCAAUUUGGGAGAUAUAGAUACGAGUGUGGGCCUACUGUUGUCCCCCACAAUAAAUAGUUACUUAUUUAUGUAUGAUGUGGGUGGUAGUCGACCGAGCAGAUCACAGGAAACUUCUAUUGAUAGCUGCCCCAUCUAUAAUUAGUCUCUAGGAUAGUAUGUUACGAAUGAAAGGAAAACAUGUGACAUUUCAAUGCAAGAAACGUAGUAGUUCAACGUAAAGUCCCCCCUGAAGAGACCCCAGUUAAAGCUCCUUCUGCAGAGCUCUCACGCAAAGCACUUGCAUAACUUAACAUUAUAUAGAUACAUAGCUAAAGAGAUAUAAAAGGAUCCAUACAAACAUAUAGUACACCAACCUAGGCUAGGCAUAUACGAGUUCUUCGGGUCACUUUGUCGUUUAUAAACAGCAGAAAAAAAAUAUAUAAAUAUAUAUAUAUAUUAUGGAAUAUCUAUGUAAAUGUAUUUAUAUGUGUAUGUAUAUGUAUGUCUAAGACCGUAGUGCUAGUAAACUCGAAUCUAUUGUAUUUAACUAAUGUUAACGACGACAUGUCAUGUCGCAAACCCAACCGUGCACUGCAGUACUUUUCCGAAAGGAGCCCGACGACAUUUGGUUUUACUCUUCCGGCAGGUCUACAAAUGAAA